AUGAGCAAGUUCUGGACCUUGAUCACCCAACUUCAUUCCCUUGCUGGGCCGGUGGUAACGUUAUUGUAUCCUUUGUAUGCAUCGGUGGUAGCGAUGGAGAGCAAAUCCAAAUUAGAUGACGAACAAUGGCUUGCCUAUUGGAUCAUUUAUUCGUUUCUCACACUCAUGGAAAUGGUUCUUCAGCCUCUCUUGGAGUGGAUUCCAAUUUGGUACGAUGUGAAGUUAUUGUUUGUGGCUUGGCUGGUUUUGCCGCAGUUCAAAGGUGCUGCUUUCUUGUAUGAAAGGUUCGUAAGACAACACAUUAGGACGCACAUAACGGAGAGAGCGCAACACAAUAAGUCUAGCGCUGGCAAGGCCAAGGUUAAGUUUGUUGACUUCAUCACCUCCAAGACAGUGAGUUAA